CCAGGAGACCUUAUAGAUCCUCCUUCAUCGACUUCUCCUCUUCCUCCUCAUUCGCUUACUCACUCUGAAUUAUUGCAGUAACGAAUAGCAGAAGAGAUCAACGAUUAUCCUUUAUCUCAAACCUGUAUCAACGAUUGGCUUGGUUUGAUGCUGUCAGGGAACGAUGGAGCAUUCCAAAGAUGAAUGUCCUUCAGUGGUUGAAGGAUCUCAGAACAUGGACGUUGACAAUGAAGAAGCUACCACUACAACACCUCCCCAUCCAACAUCUGCUCUGGUUAAGGUUUGGACCUUUGAUUGGCCGGCAACCUUGGAGCAACGGGGUUGGACCGAAGUCCAGGAGGAUCUCUUGGCUCACGUGGAAGUGGCCAACGAUUCGGGCGUGAGGGAAGGCAUGGUGGUCGAGAUUCUCCUCGAUUCUACCUCCGAUUUGUAUUGGUUGGCUCGGGUGGAACAGACUUUCGGUCCCAUGCUCAAGUUGUCCUUGGUGGGACAUGAUCCUCUUCGAAAGACCUUUGUCUGGCGGGAUCUGUAUAAGGACAAGCUUUAUCCAUUAGGCUGGUGUCAAAUGAACAAAGUCGUCCUUACGGCUCCUCCAGAGAUUCAACUCACUUGCCCAAAUUGGCAGCAACUGGCCAUUCAAUACUUGGAGGAUAUCACCAUCGAUACAAUCUCCAUGCAUUUUAUCGACGGUAAUGGAGUCACCAACCUGGACCGUAUCAAGCCAGGCAUGAUGCUUGAGGUGCAUAGCAACGUGAAUCCCAGCAAGUUUUGGCCAGCCAAAGUACUGAAUAACCAUGGAGGUCUCUUAACUCUUCAACACGUGGGCUCUUCAUCCACGUGGUUCGAAUUCUAUUUGUCAGACCGACUCGCGCCCUUUAAACGAGGCCAGCAAGAGGGUAACAGCUAUCAGAGGCCGGAUAAUGUCGACGAAUCCGUUUCCAUCAACGAUCUUUUGGAAUCUGAGGCCGUGAAGACCAUUCCAGAGGAGCUGUUUCCGGAUCAACCGGAAGUGCCCAAAAAUCAGUUUGAUGCCCAGUCUCUGUUGGAGUUCAUCCCGCCCAAUUCCACUUGCAUUGAAAGAGCUAUAAUCGAGCAAAAGUUUGAGGACAAGUUUUUUGUUGUGUCGUGUUUUUCCAAUCCGGAACAAAAGUAUCUGUGCCACAAGAAUUCCCCCGUGAUUUUUCCAUUCGGGUGGUCCAACGGAUGGUCCAAGAUUCCUUGCCGGCAAAGUGAGCAAGAAAAGCGGAAGCCUCAUUGCCCUCGCAGACACUUUCCCAGCAAAUUGGAUGCCAAAGAAAUGGGGUUCCAAGUGGGUCAGAUUCUGGAAAUUUUGGUGGAUGACGAAAUCAGAGUUGGCAAGAUCAACGACAUUCGUGACAAUAUUUUAGCCAUCGAGGAAAUGACAGACUCCAUCAAUGCUAGACUAAUCCUUGUGCCAGCAACUGCCCAAACGAUAUUCCCGGUGGGAUGGGCGUGUUUGAAUGGAGGCCAGCUAAGUGUUCCGUCAAGUUUUCUACCCAAACCUCUAUGUAACCCGGAAGAGAACGUCGACAAUUCGUCAAAAAGCUCUGCUACAACGAAGGAGUCACCAAAAGACUCUCCAGAGGGAAAACUCUCUCCUGCGGUAUCACCCCAACCUCUGAUCCCCAAUCCAAUGGACUCUGCAAGCAGUUGGUGUCAACCAAUUUUUUUCAACUAUCGGUGCUAUUCCUCUAUGUUCCUAAGUCGAGCCCGAUUGGCGGGUCUUCCCAAGUCAAUUGGACCCGGUCCGGUUCGGCUAGUGUUAAGCGAGGUUCUCUCCAGAAUCAUUGGCUCAUCUCACAAGUCGGGCUCCGUUUUGAAACGCUUGGAAUGUCAAACCGAGUUGCCCCGAAUCGGAUUCGAAAAGUUCACAAUCAAGGGAAAAUCAAGAGUGCAUCUAUUGAAGGCUGACAUCGAAAUCCCAACCAAAGCCAAUCUAGUAGAUGACUUCUGUCGAAGCGUAUGCCAGAAGUUGGGGGCGUGCAAGAAUUUACUCUCACUGACCAGAUUCGAUGAAUGUCCAGACAGUUGCGUGAGCCGACCCAAGGCCGAGUUGAAACCCGAUUAUGAGCCCAAGGCUCGACGAGGGCGUAAGCGACAGCUCGAAGUUCCCGAGGACAAUCCGGAGCCCGAUGGUGGAUCGGCGACUUCUUCCGAGACAGAUGAGUCUGCCACCCCCAAUAUGUCCCGGAGCGCGUCGCCUGAGGGCAAUGAAGACAACGGAAUGGGCGGCAAGCCAGGCAAGGGCCGGAAAAAGGAGUGGGAAGCGAUUUUACCCAAAAGCGAGAUUCGAACCCGAGGGGCGAAAAUACCCAACUACAAACUUCACCUGAAGAUUAGGCCGAGCAAGAAGGAGCAACAAGUCAUAGAAAGCCAAUGUCUUAGAAAGUCGUUGGGGUUCGAGGGAUCCCACGCGAAUCAAAAAUUCCAAGGAGACCCGUUGCAAGAUAUGAGCGAUUAUUAUCCCAUCGUAAACCAAGAUCAACCUCCCCCUAUCCGCGAAAUUGUUCUGCAUUCGAACCCAGAGUCGUGGACGCCAGCAGAUACAGCCAAAUUUUUGCUAAAUACUGUGGAUUGUGCUCAUAUCGCGUCAUUCAUGAUGUCCGACGAGGUGGAUGGUGUGGCCUUUAUGCUCUUGAAUUAUCCCACCAUCCAAGACUUCUGGUCGUUUUCUGUCAAAACUGCCAUUCAUCUAUGCCAGCAUAUUGAAAGUGUACGACUCGCUCACCUUCGCCAAUUUCGAUCUGGCUUGUAAUAUUUCUGUAAUGAUCACAUAUGUUCAAAUCAGGUGAAGCAAUAAGACAUUCAGUCCGAUGAAUCAGGGCUUAGAUUUAAA